AUGGACAACCAACACCAGCCCUACAUUCCACCUCCGCCGCCGUUGGGUCAGCAGAAUUCAGGAAACACUCUACAUCUACCGCCUCCGCCUCCACGAUCGUACCCGCAGCAGAAUGCCUCGAAUCUCCCUCCCCCGCCGCCGGGACCUCAUCCUUCCUCCCUGCCGCCCGGCACCGUAUAUGGCGUCCCCAACUCAUUUCAGAACAACUGGGCGAGAGCAGGCACGUUGCCGCCUCCUCCUCCACUCAAUCAAAAUGCUUCCUACAAUGCCAAUCGCCAGCAAGCCAUGAAUGUGCCGCCUCCACCGCCACAACAGCAGCGACAGUAUAGUCAGAGUGAUCAACCCUUCGUCAGCGCAACAUUUAUACCUACCGGCGGAGGCUCAUUUGGCCCUGGAGUUGGCAUUCCAUCAUUUGAUGACUUCUCUACCUUUGCAUAUUACGAUGUCCCCAUGACGACCGAGCCCUCGACCCGGAAGCCAACCGAGCAGCGAUACUCCGACGGCACCUAUAAUCCCCAUAGCUAUAGCUACCCUAAUCCCGCCCAGCCGAAUCCAGAUAUUGCCAAUCGAGAGAACCGCGCUGCUUCUGCGUCGUCGAAAAUGCCGCCAGCAUAUCCAUCAGCGAAGCGCGAUUUCUCUGAGCCAGUCUCGCCAGGUCCUCCAACUGCAACCCUGAUCAAUCCGCAGAUCGAAAAUGCCAAGGACAAUGCGACACGCGCCCGCGCUCAAAGUGCUACCACAGGGUCAAGUGUAUCGAGUGCAUUAGCUGCGCAAUGGCCGAUCGAGAAGGUCCUGCAAUGGCUCGCGGCCAACAAUUUCUCGCCGGACUGGCAAGAGGCGUUCAGGCAAUUGAAGAUGGAUGGCGUGGACUUCCUCGAUCUUGGCAAGGCUGCAAACGGACGUGGGAACCUGGGCAUGAUGCACUCACGGGUCUAUCCUCGUUUGGCGAGGGUAUGCUCCGAGAGCAAGACUGGCUGGGAUCAAUCGCGUGAGCGUGAAGAAGGCAAAAGGCUCAGGAAGCUCAUCUCUCGAAUCGGAGAUGACGGUCCGCCGAGUGCGGGCUCUGGUCACAGGAGACGUGAGUCUGGCCUGAUCAGUGCAUCCACUGAGGGCACAGUCGAAGAUUCGCCGCAUCUGUCACAAAGUGAUUUUGCGCAACCAGGUUCAGCCACUAGCUUUGGUCCCAGGGGCUCGCAAGGGCGAAGCAGCACGCUUCCUGUUAUGCCAAGAGCGCCUUCAUCAACCUCAACUCCAGUAGAUGGCAGAGGCGACUAUACACGAGGCAUUCUGUCAAAUGUCGGCGUUGGGAGAGGUCGGCAUAGUCCUCAAAUGUCCGGCGAUGCCAGUAACAAUGGCCUUCCAGCACCCAAGUUCGAGGCGAGUCCAAGCAGCAGUCCUGGCCUGGGUCAAGCCGUGCCAGCAAAAGGACCUGGAGAUCCGCAGCGACCUCAGCAUGCAAAGACUCUCAGCACUGACUCGACGGCAAAGAAUAAUCGAUCGGCUUUGGGGUUCACAGGACCUAGCAUGUCCGACACUCAGAUUCCCACUGAGCGCUUCUAUGAGCAGCAGACGCGCCGAGAUGGUCACGAUAUGCCCAGACCUGGAAUGCUGGAUACGAGCCGGACUUACAGUAAUGAACAGGUUCCCGUCAGUGCCAAAGAAGGUGGCAAGGGUUUCUUAAGCAAGUUCAUGCGCAAGAAUAGGCACGAGCGCGAUCAAGAUGUGGACCAUCCGCUUGAAUCGCCCACUAGCCCAGGGCUGCGAUCGAUAUUCAGCAAGCCUGCUGCUAAUAACAGCGACUCAGCCCUUGCACAACGGCCACUGUCAACGGCUGCAUCCGAGAGCGCUGUCCCGACUCUGCGUGAGAGAAGGCCAACGUGGGCAGCCAGGAAAUACAUCUUCGUCACGCCGGACAAUUGGAAUUACCGCCUCAUCGAUGUCACCAUGGUCACUUCUGCAGAGUCGCUCAAGAAGCUCAUCUGCGAGGAGCUGGCAGUCUCGCUUGGAGAUACGGUGACCUUCCACCUCACGGAGCCAGGUCAAACUGAUCAUGACUACGCCUGCUCAGAUGAAAUCUUGAUGAGUGCGCACAGUCGAUCAGACAGCACAGCCAAUGUCAGGAUCUUUGUCGCAACGCCGAACUUCCCAGCAUCACCGAACAGAGCGAACGGUCUUGGCAUGUCAUUCUCGCAGCGGAACCAGGGUGGCACCGCGAUGUUGAAGUCGGCUUCUGCUACAGGGGCACAUACGUACAAUCGGACGCCAAGCCCAGACUCACUACGUAGGGCGCAGGAAGAAUACAGGAAGCAGACCGAAGCCAAGCAAAGAGCUUACCUGCAGAGCCGUCUUGAGCGUAAGGAGCAGAGCAAGACCAACGUUCACGAUUUCGACAGUCCUCGAGCUUCUCCGUUCGAAGAAAAGAAGACCGACUCGUUUGUGCCGGUGCGAAGAGCGCCAACAGCGCCAUCCGAGUCAAGCACGCUCACGAAAGUCAACUCGCUUCGCAUGGCGCGUGGAGGAUCUGGCACUCGUAAUUCUCUAGAGGCACUCAAGCGCAAUCGGGACUCCAUUGUAGAGGAGGAUGCUCGCAACAAGGACGGAAGGUCAUCGCCUGGCAUUGGUGCAGCUCUAGCUGGCAUGGGACGGAUGGCUGGCUCUCCGGGCAUGUUCAAGGGAGAAGAAGAUGUCGGUCCAGGCUUCGCACCCAAGUUCCGCUUGCAGCCCGCGCCAAGACGACAGAACACAUAUGGUCAAUCGCCAGACAUCAGCCCAGCCACGGAGAACUUCCAACGCCCGGCCUUGCAUUCAAGAAAGUCGUAUGGUCCGGACUUUGAAUUUCAGGAGACGAACGUCACAUUUGCGAACUCUCCUCACCCGCCUCCGCAAGUUACAGAUGAUGGCUCGGAUGAUUCCGAUGAUGGCCUGUUCGCCAUACCUCUAACGAACAAGUCCCUGCCUGCGGGCGAGAAGCCGACGUUGAAGCUUGACACUGACCAGACUCAUGCGCCUAAGCCUAAAGUCGCCUUCAGGACGCCACAAUCGUCCGGCGGCGUGUCACUGGGACGCAACUCGGCUGAUGGUAAUGGCAGCGCCGGCGAAGAACGAAGCUAUUCUGAUGGGAGCUUCUCAGAGUCUGCUUCGGCAUCAGCGUCAGCAUACUCGCCAGGAGGUGGUCUCGGGCGACGCAACUCAUUCUUGCACAGUGACAUCUGGGCUAGUCGUCCGACUGUGGAGAACGUCGUGGAGAACCUCGAUGAGUUCUUCCCGGGCGUCGAUCUCGAUAAGCCGUUCAUGGAGGAGGCAGGCAAGGGUCAGACGCCUGUAGAGACUACACCGUCGUUACGGACUCGAGUAACAUUCGGAUCGGACGACCUUAACAUCGACUUUUCGAAACAACGGAGAAAUGAGUCGGACACACUCGGCUCAGACGAGUCUACGCUGAAGGCUAGAGAUCAGCAGACAGUAACAAGCAUUGCUCAGCGGCAGCUGGGGAAGUCUGGCGGACUCGGCAGAAUGAAGUCCAUUCGUGAAGUCGCUCAACGGCGGAACGUAGACGGCGUUCAGCGUGCAUCAUCAAUCGCUAGACCCGGCCCUGCCGUCGAGCCCGUUGCAGCACAAGCCUCCGGCCUUCAACGCCGGAAGUCCACCAAGCUCUGGGGCGCGAACAUCCAGAUGAUCAAGCCUAAGGCCGGCGCUCGACUAAGCACACUCGACCCGAUCCCGCAAGAAGAUGUGCCCAAGGAAGACCAGCCGCCCAAGCGCUCCACUACCUUCAAGAUCCUUCGCGGUCAGCUCAUCGGUAAGGGCACCUACGGACGAGUGUACUUAGGCAUGAACGCCACGACAGGCGACUUUCUUGCGGUCAAACAAGUCGAGGUCAACCAGAAGGUCUCCGGCGGGGAUAAGGACCGCAUCAAGGAGAUGGUCGCGGCCCUGGACAUUGAGAUCGAGACAAUGAAGGAUCUUGAACAUCCUAACAUUGUGCAGUACCUGGGCUGUGACCGUCGCGAGUUCAGUAUCUCGAUCUACCUCGAGUAUAUCUCUGGUGGCUCUGUCGGCUCCUGUCUGCGCAAGCACGGCAAGUUCGAGGAGUCUGUUGUGCGGUCGCUCACUCGCCAGACGCUGGAGGGACUGGCAUAUCUCCACGAGGAGGGCAUCCUGCAUCGCGAUCUCAAAGCUGACAACAUCCUGUUGGACACAGACGGGACCUGCAAGAUCACGGAUUUCGGCAUCUCCAAGAAGUCAGACAACAUCUACGGCAACGACGUGACGAACUCGAUGCAAGGCUCCGUGUUCUGGAUGGCGCCUGAGGUCGUUCGGUCCCAAGGUCAGGGCUACAGCGCGAAGAUCGAUAUCUGGUCGCUGGGCUGUGUGGUGCUGGAAAUGUUUGCAGGCAAGCGGCCUUGGAGUCGGGAGGAGGCGAUUGGGGCAAUCUUCAAGCUGGGAAAUCUGAACCAGGCGCCACCUAUCCCAGAUGAUGUGAGGGACUCGGCGAGUACCGAGGGGCUGAAUUUUAUGUUUAAUUGUUUUGAGAUUAUACCAGAAGACCGACCAACAGCGGCUACACUGCUCAACAACAGCGACUUUUGUAUACCGGAUCCGCACUAUGAUUUUAUGAAUACUGAGCUGGCGGCGAAGUUGAGGAGUGCGGUGCUCGGCAAGCGCUACAUAAUUGACGGGAUUCUCCAACAGCGAUCUGCGGCGGGAAGGCUUUGGUGUGUGUAUCGUGCAAAACUCGAGGGCAAAAACUUCAUUCUCAAGGAUAUCCUCCCUGGCGACUUCGACGACAUCACUCAGCUGCAGAAACUCGUCGAGCACUCUCCUCACGUACGAACAGCAGUGGACAGCAUUCCUGCGCGGCAGAUCUUCGUUUUCCCGUACCUCAAGCACGUACUUCAUCAUGUCCGCACUAUCGCCCUUGAUCAGCCCGCGAGAAAGGCGAUCAUCAGGGAUGCCCUCACUGGCCUCGCUGAUCUGCAUGACCAGAACAUACUACACACAGACAUCAAGCCCACAAACGUCGUUAUGAACGCCUUUACACGGCCAGACGGCAAGCCCGGCUGCUGCGAUGUCCAAAUCACCGACCUGGAGGGCGCCGUGGUGCUUCCACCCAAUGCCAAAGGCUUAGGGCACCUUCUGUCGGGCAACAAAUUCUGGAGAAGCCCGAGGCCUGGGCCCGAGGCAAUCUUCGUAUGGACCGGUCGCAUGAUCUUCACUCCCAAAGAUGCCAUCCACGCUUCCCCAAAGCAUCUUGGCGAGGACGACCAGAUCCUCCAUCGCCACCUGUCAUACUUUGCUGCCGACACGAAGGACUUCGAGGGCUUCGCCGCGUCCUAUGGCGGAGACGACAACCCAUGCGUCUUACGUUUCAAGCAACUGCUCUGCUAUUUCAACGAGAUACAGCCGAGAUACCCAUUUGUUGGGUGGCAGCAGGUAGACGCGCAGUUCCGGGACCUCGUCUGUCGCAUGACCUAUAUGGAUCCUUCGCGCCGGAUCACCGCGCGUGAGGCUUUGGGGCACCCUUGGCUCAAGGCUGCAUAA